GCAGGAGUUUAGUCGGUGCCGGUCCCGAAACGCGUUCACGUCUGGACAUUCUACGGGACACAAUAUCUAAGAUGGCAACAAAUAUGUACAUUUGAUAGGGCAGUCUAUUCGAGGAGAAAUCCGAUUCUGUUCGAUCAGAACAAUACGGCAUAAUGAACGGCUGACGAGGUAUAAUACACGGCAUGAACGGAUAGUUGAGGGACCGGUGGUUGUCAGUUCAAUCCUUAAAAUUCCGAAACGAGUCCAGCUCCUCCGGGGUGUGAUAUCGCUUUCCGUUUAACCAACUUGCCAUAUACGGCUGUUACCUGCGCGAAAUAGACGUGGUGUGUGGGAAGUUAAGCAUUCCAAUGGCACGCCCGUGACCAAUGGUUCCACAGGAUAGAGACGGGAGACGAAGAAAGCGGUUCUCACCUUAGGGGUUAGAGGGAGAAGAAAAUAUGGGUAAAGGAGACAAGAGGGGUAUCGCGCAGCGUAGCGAUGCAGGCACGAAUCUCAUGGGCAAAUUCACACAGAGUGUCCGGAGAAUCGUUCAGGAUGUAAAGGAUGAAGGAACAUCAAGUGGACAAACUAAAGAAGAGGUGAUUGAAACAAACGAAAGAUUAAGAAUCGUAAGGAUACGCCUCGACGGAAGCUACGAGAUCGCUAAACGUGCCCUUGUUGAACUCAUGUGCAAAUAUACUGAUAGCAAGCAAGUUCGUAACGUAUUUCAACGUUACAACCUGUUAAAACUAAUGAUUAAGGACGUCAUCAAGUUGGAGACUCAAUACUGGACACUGGUGGAUAUACCUAAACAGGAAAAACAGGAAACAGUGCCUGCCUUUGUUCUACGCGCAUGUUCCAUUAUGGAAAAGACCCACAAAAGCGGGGAGGGUGUGAAAACUUCGGCCCGUCUGGCCGAGGAAGCUGAUACCAAAAGAGAACGCAUUGAAAGACUCGAAAGUAUGACAACAGCUCAAAUUGAAGCAGAGAACACUCAAAUGACUAACGACCUGUACAGAUUAUUGAAAAAGUACACGGGACUGAGAAAUCUCAUUCGAGACUUAAAGGAGGAAUACAAUAGCUCAAAAGUGUAUCCAAUCUUUCCCCGUUAUCCGAUCUUAAAGGACAUGAUAAAGGAUAUAAUGCAUAAUCCAGACUAUAUGGAAGUUUGUCACGAGGUGGACCAAGCAUAGCGGCCAGACCCCCUCCACCGCUCGCCACGUAUGACCUUGUAAAAAGGAUCUUAGCGUGAACGUUGGUGAAGGGGGUGUACCAGAAACAAGCCUGAGCAAGACUUUCACUUCUCCAUUCAUGGUGGCUAAUUACCGCAAAUUCUGUUUUAUUUCACACUUACGGUCUCUAUAAAGAUCUACAUAUCUGUGUUUAUAGCACGUUUCGUCUGAUGAUAUUCAGCCGGUACAUAUUUACAAGAAACUAUACAUCACCUUGUGUGUACGCUAAUUGGAAUCAUGUUUGUUAAUUGAAUGCCCGAAGAAAAUAUGCGUGAAUGCAAAGUAAGGAAAUAUGACAUUGAGUUGUGAGGGGAAAAGGAACAGAAGAUAGAUUUUAUAAAAAAAUAUAUAAUUAAACGAACAUUCCUUUGAAGAUUCUCCGUAUGUUGGAAUGAUGCUUUUAGUAUAGUAUUUUUCGUGGUAUUUUAUGGUAUCACGAGAGAUCUGCUACUUGGCGACAAUAAAUAACAAUACAAAUGCAGAAAUUAAUUUUUGUUGCAUUUUUAUUGAAUAAAGAAUUUUUAGAAUUAUAAAAUAACUUAUUAGUAUUUCAAGAGAGAAGAGGAUAAUUCAUGAAAAAUGAAAUUAUGUAAAAUUAUUUGCUUGUUGUGAUUCUAAAAUUUCGUCUUUUCGAUCUGAAAAAUAAGAUAAUUAUCAAAAGGAUUCUUUAAUGUGAAAAUUCAUCAAAAUAUAGAAAGAAAUAAAGAUAUAUUUCGACAGGAGCGCCAAGUACUACAAGAACAACUAAUUCCAACAUAGGGAAGAAAUAAAAUUGAUCAUCUUAGUUUCUGAUUACGAUCGGAAUAGCCGCUUGCACGUUGAAACACAAAAUACAAAAAUUACACCAGUACGUUUCAUACGUAAACGUUGUGUAAACGUGGUGUAAAAUUUCUGUUAAGGCACUUCAUAAUGGAGAAAAUCCUGAGAAAUGUUAGAUUUAUAAGAUGUUGUCGAGUGUUGUGUAUCUUUGUAUGCAAAUUAUAUCGUAUGCGCGUGCAUGUGCUUAUCAAAAUAAAAAAAUGAUUUAAGUGAUUAAGUGUAAAAUGCAACACUCUGCUUUCUGCUACUCGAUGCCGUCAUUAAGCAUUGUCAACUUAAUAAGAGUUUGUUGAACAAAGGAGACCUCUCUUUACCUACGAACAGGACAAACGGUAGCAAUUUAGUAAGAGGAAUAUAUUUAUUCUGCGUCAAAUAUCGCUUUGCGAAUGAUGACACUCUUUUUCGUAAUACAGAAACAUUUUGCUUCGACUACGGUGGGAACUAGAUAUUUAGGUAUAACAUCAUUAACUCAUUAAUAAUCGUUGUCGUACGCGAUGGUGUAACCGCAACCGAUGUAACACAGGAUGAUGUUGAUGGUGAUGUUGCACAGAGAAAAAUUUAUUGUAUCCAUUAUUUUAUGUUAUAAUUUUUUCUAUAGAGUUUAUUGAAGUUUAAUAUCGUACCAACCAUAAAAUUAUUAGCGGUACUAUAGGAGGAUAUAUCAUAGUGCGAGAUAUUAAUUUGCACUAAUUUAUCAAGUAAUUUUGUAUCCUCGAUAGAUAUUAACAAACUUGAUUUCGCUUUAUUCGUGCAUAUUCAACACUUAAAUAGCGAUUUUUUAAAUCUCAUACUGGAAGUCAUUUGAAAAAGAAUAAGUCAUUAAAAGUUCAAUACGAAGGAUUUGUCUUUCACUUCUAUCAUGGUUCUCAAAUUUCUUCUCGUCUUUUACUUUCGUAAAAUUUUAAAUUCUGCAGGAAUAAUCUUUUCUAUUUUAUGAAACAAAUGAUUCUAUACCCUUGUAUUUUGUUGUAUCUAUGCUUUAUUUAUCAAUUGUUUAGAUAUGUAACAUUAUACACAUAAAAUAUUUCUUAAACUCCUAAAAGAAAAAUGCCUAACAGAGUUAAAAUUUAUUUAUCUUGAAACAUAUACUUGAUAUAAAAACAUAAUUUUUCCGUCUAGUGAAAGUGGAAAAAUUGCUAUCAAUAUCUUUACUUCGUGCAGAAAGCAGUUCACUUAUAAUAUCCUGUACGAACUUCUUUUCAUCAUCAGUUGAAAAACUACACGAUGUAUGUGCUGUAUUCACAUUCGACUUCAAUUAAAACGCAAUGACUGCUUUGUAUAUCUUGGGUGAAACAGUGCUAACCAUAGAUCAUACACAUUUACGUUAUUGUAUAAUAACGUAGAAAGAAGAGGAUGUAUUCUUUAAGAAAUUUGACGUAAUAAACAUAUCUCAUCAUUAUCACAUUUACAUAUAUACAAUAUAAAUAUAAAAGCACCUACAUGAUAUAAACAGACACACGUGCGUACUUUUACAACAAAUUGAAAUAAAAUAUUUCACUUUAGUCAACCUCUACAUCUUCAGGAAUUAUAAAAUUAUCCAUUGUUCUACGUAACGUCGAUUCAUCUUAUAUUCCUUUGGUAGCGAAGUACAUAUGUAUGUAUGUAAGCAAGAUAUGUUUAUCUACUAACAUAAUUAUAUGAUGCACUAUAGUUUUUAUAAAAACUGUUAAAUCAAUAAAAUAUCGUAUUCGCUAUAAUUCAUGAAAAAUAUUCGAGUUCGUGUAUUAACAUAACUUGACACAAACGUUAUAUGAAUUAACUCGGCUGAAAAGAUUAACUUUCCACCAAAUUUUUCAAUUUUUAAUUAAAAAAUAAAUUUUAAUAAAUUGAAAAAAAUGAAUAGACAUGAAAAACUGAGAAGUUUCGGCGUACAUAGUUAAUAAAAUACCAUAAAUUCUAUGACGUUAUUUAUUUUUCAUUCGCUUGCUUCAUGAAAGCUUAUGAAAGCUUAAAUUGAUUGUGGAAUAUAAUUAAUCGAUUCAUCUAUCACGCUAUUAGAAUAAGCAACGGUGCAUGAAAUGAUAGCAAAAACUAAUAUAAUACGAAUAUAUAAACUAUAAAAAGUUUUACUACGUUAUCUUAAUAUUUAAAAAUCUAAUAAUGAAUUAUGGCGGACUUACGAUUUAAAUGUAUAAAUUAUAAACUAGAUAAUCAAACGAAUUUCUGUAAACGUCCGUUUACGAGAAAAAUUCGCGGAAUAUAUCAUAAUUUGAUAUCAAAAUUUCAAUUACUUAAAUUUAUCAAAACUCUCCGACAAACAUCUGCAAUAUUUC